UGUGACGAGCCUCAUCCUUGAUUCUUGAGGUCAGCUCGCCACACCAUUUUCCACAGGGCAGGAGCAUAGGCUCGUGUCCACACAUCCCCGGGCCGUCUUUCAGUCCUGUCUUUAUUUCUUUUCUCUCCUUUUCCCGUUUUUCAUCAAAUCUCAUCAUCUCGCGAUGGCGGCUGCUGCAGCAGCAGCCGUGGCUUGUCCGAUGCACAGCCUCCCUGCGUUACGAUUAGAGACAGCAGCCAGCAGUGCUGUCACCACUGCAGCCACCCUCUCAUCCACCACCAUCUUCCCUGCUGCCAUCACACCUGCCACCCCCUCACUCCGCGCCGAGCCGACUAGCUUCUUCGGAGCAUUCGCGGGACCUUCUCGUCACUCUGCCAGCUCGCGGUGCUCCAGCCACCACCGCCAGUCGAGUUCUUACUUCUCAGUGAUCCCAAAUUCUUCGGAUGCUGACGUGUCAACUGUUGCCACGUGGCACUCGUGGCGAACGGGAGCAACGUCGCGCUGGGCUCGAAGCGCGGCACUGGGCGGUGCGCACAGAGGACAUGGCCGUACGUGGGUGACAGUAACGGGAGCUUCAAGCCCCUUGGGCAGGCACAGCGGCGACAGUAGCAAGUGUGACAGUAGCAAGAGAUCACCCGCCCCUUCCCGAGGGAAAUCGCCCGCGUUUAGGGUUGGGCGAAGCGAUGAUGCAUCGAACCACGGGAAGCGUUACGGCGCGGAUCCUGCAAGGGCGGAAAGCCGAUUAACGACGUCCGCUCUUUCCUCUCCGUCGGGAUCCCGCCCAAUCACCCCUUCCCAAUCAUCCGUCCAUCUUUCCCCGUCCAAGAAAGCACCAUCCGCAGCUGAAACCCCCUCUGUCGCCACCGGCGCCGCCGCCGCUGGAGUAGCCUCGGCGGAUCUCUCCACCACCACCUCCCCGAUUCCUUCGUCCUUUCAUGCCUCCCUUGAAGCUUCCUUCGAAGCUUCCUUCGAAGUUUCUUCUUCAGCCGCCCUUCCGCUCACCAUGCCGCAUCUGGCGGCGCCUCUCGACCUCGGCCCGCACGCGCACCGCCAGACGCGCUUCGCGGUGGCGCUGGCGGCGCAGCUGUCGCUCUUCGCCGUGCUCGCGCUGCUGCAGCCCGUCUCCGCGCUCGCCCUCGCGCAAUCCGCGCGCGGGACGACUUCCGCGCGAACAUCCUCUCGGCGUUCUUCCGCCUCCGCCUUCGCCUCCGCCUCCGCCUCUGCCAAUGCUACGCUCGCGCUGUUGCCCACGUGCCCUGCCACGUGGCAUGAAAAGGACGCAGCUGCUGCCGCAGUGGGCGAUUUGGGCAGGUUUAAAACGGCGAAAGGGUUCAGCGCGCGUGCGACGACUAAGCACCAUGGUUCCCGCCGACCGGUUGCAGUGGCGAAAGCCGCGGCGGCAGAUGCGCAGAUGCGGACGACGGGAGGCGCGGUCGCGCGAGCGGCAGUUGCGGAAACGUUUGCGGCGUUGGCCGGGGACGAUUGGGUUCCGCAGAAUGGUAACGGGGCGGCGCGGGGAAGCAGCAGCGGGAACGGCCGGGGGGCGUGGGGGGUCCGCGGGGGAGACGCUGCGGCGGGGAGGGGGGAGUGGCAGGCGGUGAGCCUGGUGGAAGCGCGGGAGAUGGCGGAGCCGCCGUUUAGGGUGGCGGCGCCGGGUCAACGUAUAGUUGCGAUCGGCGACGUGCACGGCGACUGGCAGCAGACCCUGGCGGCGCUGCGUAUCGCUGGCGUGCUGAACGAGAAAGACGGCGUGAGCGACGAGGACCUGUGGACGGGCGGGUCGACGGUGCUGGUCCAGGUGGGCGACGUGCUGGACCGCGGCGACGACGAGAUCGCCAUCCUCUCGCUGCUCAGGCACCUGGAUAGACUCGCACAGCGGCACGGGGGCGGCGUGCUCAUGCUGAACGGCAACCACGAGACGAUGAAUGUAGCGGAGGAGUUCCGGUACGUGUCGGACGGCGGCUUCGAGGAGAGCGAGGACUUCUACUCGUUCUGCCUCUCGGAGUGCGGCGGCGACUGGGAGAGCGCGUUCAGCGUGUGGUGGCAGGCGUCGCAGGAGAUGAAGGCGACGAAGAGGAGAAGGAAAGGCCCUUGGAACGGGUGGAACCCGAUUCAGGGUCAGCGACAAGUUAGGGAGCGACACGAGCUGUUCGAAGUGGGCGGCCCGCUGGCAGCGGAGCUGGCGAGGAACAGCGCUGCGCUGAUGAUCAACGACACGCUGUUUGCUCAUGGGGGCAUUCUGCCGCACCAUGUGGAGUACGGUCUUCCCCGCAUGAACCGGGAGCUCUCCCAGUGGAUGCGGGGGGACGAGGUGUGGGGCGAGGGGGAGCGGUCCCCGAUGCCGUUCAUCGUGACGAGAGGCUUCAACAGCGUGGUGUGGACGCGGCUGUACUCGCAGGAGUACCUGGGGUCGGGCGAAGACAAGUACAAGAUCUGCACGGUUCUGGCAGCUUCUCUGGAUGCAGUGGGAGCGAAGCGGCUUGUGGUGGGGCACACACCGCAAGUGGGAGGGGCCAACGGCGAGUGUGGCGGUCGAGUGUGGCGCAUCGAUGUAGGCAUGUCCUCGGGCAUGCUCAAUGCCCCACCCCAGGUUCUGGAGAUUCUGGGCGAUUCUGUGCAAGUGCUUGGCGCACGUACCACAGACGGGCUUGCAGCUAUGCGCAUGAGAAGAUGAGGCGACGUGCGCAGCCAUGCAGCCAUGCAGCCGUGCACACCAUGUGACAAUAUCCAAGCAUGCGUCAACGAAGUUGAGAUGACAACAGUGCAGGGUUUGCGAGAUGACGAGUGGCAGCAUAUGAAGUCAACAAAAUGCUUCUCCAGCUGUCACAUCACAUCCCACAUCAGAGGUGCUAGGCCACCAUAUGGGGAAGUCUGCACCAAGUGACACCAUUGUGGCUGCUUCUUGCCGCCAAGCUUUGAGCUUUGAAACAACAGACAUACGGUGUGUUGGGUUGGGUGCAUUGUCUAUUUGUGUUUGAGUGAAAGAGGAUGGCUCUAUAAGGUUGGCCUUCCGUUGCCAAGAAGAUUGUACCUGUUGGAUUAUUGGGUUGCCUUGAUACUGUAAUUGUUGCUGAUACCGUGUUUGAACGUUGUCUCAAAAGGAUGCUUUGGAUUUACUGGCCACUA